AUGUUCCAUCAGGGAUAUCAUAUUUUAGCUGAACUAAGCCUCCUUAAGCUCAGACAUCCGUCUGGAGUGUUCAUUCGCCCAAAUGAAGAUAAUCUAUUGAAAUGGGUUGGACUCAUUUCAGUUCGAAGUGGAUACUACUUCGGAGGGGUGUUCAGUUUUCUUCUGUUACUUCCGGACGAUUUCCCGUCAACAAAAGUGCCAAAAAUAUACCUACCUAAAGGAUUCUAUCAUCCACACGUGGAUUGUAUUACUGGAGAAGUGAAUGUUUACUCAGAAUUCCCUGUAUGGAAUCCAAAUAAAUAUCAUAUUUGGCAUUUACUUCAUUAUUUUAAACGAAUGUUAACUAGUCCGACUAGUAUUAUGGUUUCAUCACUUGUCGAACAAACCGCUUGUAUCCGAGAUAUGAGAGAGGUGAAGUAUGCAAAUACGGAAGCAGCCAAUGCAUUAAUUCAUCAUCCAGAAGAGUUUGAUACUCAGGUGAAAUGUUGUGUCAGUAAACUCUCUGUAUGGUCAGGAUCAGCACAAGAUAUUCCCACAUUGAACGUCUCCGGUUGGACGAACGACAAUUUAUUAAACGAUGCACGAAAUUUCCUGGAGGUUUGGGAAAAUUCUAAACACGAUGAAGAAAAUACUGUAAUAAGUCAAGGAUUUUCAUGGAUUGAUCCAAAAAGCAUGUCUAUAUUUUCAAAUGAAUCAGCCGUUGUGUCGGAGACUUCAUUGGACUCAUGAAAUAGAUGAUGCCGCAUGUUUCUGUGUUUGUGGGUGUGUUUCCAUCGAUAAUAUUUAUUUAUUGACAUUAUGUGCAUCCCCUUCCCCCAAAUCACUCAGAUUUCGCCGUUGUAUAUCCGCUUACCCUCAACCUGGACAACAACUGGAGUGUAGUAUCUGUUAUCACAGACGUCAUAACACAGUAAAUAUGGCAGCUCAUACAUAGCCCAGUGUACACCAACACUGGGUGCCAACAACUAACCAACAUUAUUCUAAGUGUUUCUGUCUUCUUGUAUAUAACGUCUAUUUGUUGUUUGUUAUGCUGGUUCUACCGAUUGUCGAAUGGGAUAUUGUAACUCUUUAUUAUAAUAUCAAAUUUUUGUGUGAGUAGUUGAAUUGAUUUUUAUAUGUAUGUAUUGAUUAUUUCCACACUUGACUUGCUCUGCACAUUUUUAUUUAAUGAUGUAGCAGAAUUUUUGUAUCCACACGCAUGCAUAUCUGUGAUUCACACAAGCGCUGCAUUAAUUGAUAAUUGGUUAAUAUUAAUUGUUUAAAUAGAAAAAAAGAGGUGUUUAUAGCCUUUCACUGUUCUGGAUUAUCAAUUUUCAAGCUUAGUUGGGAUGUAUUCACAAAACAACUGGCAUAAAC